CGGCGGCGGCGGUGAGUGGCCCCCGGGGCGCGCGGGUGGCGGCGGCCGCCGCGCGAGGGGGCAGGGCGGGCCGGGCGCGCCGCCAUGGCCGGGAGUCAGGACGUGUUCGACGCCAUCGUGAUGGCGGACGAGAGGUUUCAUGGGGAAGGAUAUCAGGAAGGCUACGAAGAAGGCAGUAGCUUGGGUAUAAUUGAAGGAAGACGGUACGGCACGUUACAUGGAGCCAAAAUUGGGUCCGAGAUUGGAUGCUAUCAGGGGUUUGCUUUCGCUUGGCGAUGUCUCCUGCACAGUUGUGCCACCGAGAAAGACAGCAAGAAGAUGAAGGCCUUAGAAUCGUUGAUUGGAAUGAUUCAGAAGUUCCCUUACGAUGACCCUACCUAUGAUAAACUUCACGAAGACUUAGACAGAAUUAGAGGGAAAUUCAAACAGGUCUGUCCCCUGCACGUCUCUCUUCGAUUCGGAAGUGCGUUUCUCCGGCGGCUGCUUUGUUCACUACUGAAUGUUCAGCCGGACUUUAAAAUUAGUGCGGAAGGUUCUGGACUUUCAUUUUGAGGAUGACAGAUGAACAAAGACGAAACAUCAAGGAACAGAUGUCCGUAUGUUAAGUGUUUAAAAAUGUGAUUCAAGGCAAAACAAUGAUGGAGUAUUCAUUGUUCUGGGGGGAGGGAUCCAGUUCGGCCGGUGAAAGGGCUUCCUUCUCCCUGGGGGCCUCCUGUGUCGCCUCGGUGCCCCCCCCCCCCCCGCCACGGUCCCUAUACACAGGCCCGGCCUUUGUCGGGUCCUGUCCACGCUGCGGUCUGAGCCGGUCCCCCCCCCCACCGCCCCCGGGCCUCGGGAGGCCUCUCCCUUGCGGUGCAGGGUCCGCUGGCCUUGCGGCCCCCUCCAGUGGACGGGCCCGGCCGGUUCUAGACUGGGGGUGGCCCUGGCUGCGAUUCCCCCCCCGAGCCUGAAAUCAGCACUCAGAAGAACAGCUCUUUAACAGCCGAGAGCACCGUGGCUGGCCUGAUGGGAGAUGGCGGCGGCGUGCCCAGGACAGUGCCCUUCGUUGACCCGUAAGAUGUGCCAGCGCCGGGUGAUGUGCUCCCCUGUUCCGGUUAAUCCCUGCAGCGUUCCCACUUCACAGAUGUGGAGACCAAGACCCGCGGGGACUGCCCGGUCCAAGGGCGCCCGGCAAGCAGAGCUGGGGCUCCGUCCUGCGCCCGCCUGUCACCACCGUCUGGUGCCGCCUGCCCUGGAACGCGCCUUCGCAGCCAUGGAGCAGGGUCGCUGCUCUCGGGCCCGGUGUGCCCAGGUCCCCGCUGGGGAGUCCACCACGGCCGGCUGACGUGGGCACCUGGCUUGGAGCGGGUUCCGAGGGAGCCUGGACACGCUCUUCGCACGGCCUCUCUCCGCAUCGGGCUGGGGCUUGGCAGCGUUGAGCGUGGGUAAGGGGAAGAUACUUCAAGGACUAGAUGUCAGGCCACUGUCGUGCUUACGCAGAAAGUUUGGGAGCCUUACGUUGAGGACGCUGUGUUUUCUUGUCCUACGAGUUCCUUUGCCUUCUGCCCGUCCCUGGCGGGCAUCCGAAUACACCGUGAGGUCUGGAUUGCUGGAGCAGGUGACGCAAGGUCGUGGCUCCUGGGCGUCCCUCUGCCCGUGCGUCUGCUCGCCCCCGGGGGCUGGGGGGCAGGGUUGCCGGCAGGUCCCGCCUGCUCCUGUCCGCGGCAGCGUGGCCGAAAGUGACUCGCGAGAUUGAUAAGGGGUAACCGCGAAUCGUCCCGGUUUUUAAAUACGUUCCAGAGCGUCUUAGCGACGGCUGUCGUGCCGCCCGGGCCGGUGGUCGUGAGAGCCUGCCGGGAGACCCGAGGCCCGGGGCCUCGAAGGAGCGGGGCGCUGGGUGUUUUCUUUCCUCUGGUUCCGUUGCCCUGGCGAGUGUGCUGAGGACGAGAGAGGUGGCUUCAGCCGGCGAAGGUGGACACUCGGGCUCGAGCCUGGCACGCUGUCGCAGGCGGGGGCGUCACUGCGCACGUCGCUGUCUCCGCCCCAGCUGGCUUCGGGGGCGCUCGCGUGCUCGCGCACCGCCUCACGGCCGGACCCUGCGGCCACAGACACCGACCGCGGGCGUCCCUCGCCGGUGGGAUGGGGGGCUCUGGUGGUUUUCCCUGGGGGACUGUUUUCUGAGCGUUCUGUUUUGAUAACGUGUUACUGUUACAAGCGGAGAGCACAAUAAAUAGAUUGCAAAGCAGAA